UAUAUAGUCGGUUUCAUUGGUGCCAUUACUGAAAAUGUUUUGAAGGGGGAGUUAAUGCUCAUCUUUGAAUUCUGCGAUGGCUUUAAUUUGAAAGACUUUCUUCAAAACAAAAUCGGCAACGGAGCAUUUGUAAAUCAAGUUGAAAGCACUCAUUAUGGAUAUAGAAUAAAUAAAAAUAAGACAACACCAAGUCUACCUCGGACACGAAACGAUGUGGAAAUAAAUAAUAGACACAUGCCAGAUACACAAAUAAAUGACAAUUCAGCUGAUACAAUUUUAAAUGUAGCUGAAAAUCAAACGAAAAUAUAUACGACAACAGAUCUGCUUCGAUGGUCGACCCAAAUAGCGAACGGAUUAAAAUUCUUGGCCUCGCACAAUAUUGUGCACUGUGACCUGGCUGCCAGAAAUAUCAUACUGUGUGGAAAUGACAUUAAAAUAUGUGACUUUGGUUUGGCGCGUGUGAUUUCCAAGAAUGAAAUAUAUAAAAUGACAAAUGGGAGCCACUUUUCGCCCAGGUGGAUGGCCAUAGAAGCGCAUAGAAAUGAAUCAAUUUUUAAUGAGAAAUCGGACGUAUGGUCGUUCGGAUUGGUAAUGUUGGAAAUGUUUUCAGAGGGACAAGAUCCAUUUCCGCACAUUUCUGAUGACGAUAUCAACGCUGAUACCAUAUUAACAGAAAUAGAGGCGAUGAACGACGAUAUGUCACGAAAACCAUCCUAUACUACUCAAAAAAUAUACAACAUAAUGCUUACUUGUUGGGAAAUUGAACCAGAAGAACGGCCAUCAUUUGGUGAAUUGGAAAGAGACAUUUGCGAUUUAGUAAACGAUGAAGAAGAUGUUGAAAUUGAAGAUUAUUCGGAGAAUUUUGAGUGUGAUGACUACGAAAGACCAUUAGCAAACUAUUUUUAAUAUAUUAUUAUAAGUAUAAUCAGAUUUUGCUGCCAAUUUUUAAACUGUAAUUGGAAAUUGAAAUCAUAUCAAGUUAUAGAGUAAGAUAAAAAAAUUAUCAAGUCAGUUCGACUUAUGAGACAGUUCGGCUAUACAUUCUCUGUCUACACAUUAACUAUGCAUAUGCUAGCCUUCAUAAGUUAGAACGUACAGAUAACACAGUAACAUUUGUAAAGAAAGUCUUUGGACUAAAUUCAGACGUUGCCAUUUGAACAACAAACACACAA